CCCAGCGCCGUGCAUACAGAUCGAAGGAUGAAGUUGAAGCGGUUCCUGCUCCGUUAUUAUCCGCCAGGGAUUAUCUUGGAAUAUGAGAAAGGUGGGGAGCUGAAAACCAAGUCUAUCGAUUUACUGGAACUGUCCCCCAAGACUAAUGUGGACCUGCUUGUAGAAGAAAUCAGAAGAGCCGAGCCUCUAAUCACUGCCUCCCGCACCGAGCAAGUGAAGCAACUCAUCCUACGGCUGCAAGAGAAGAUAGGACAGCAGGACCACCACAAGUUCUAUCUGUUUAAGGUGCUCAGAGCUCACAUCUUGCCUCUGACAAAUGUGGCAUUUAAUAAAUCUGGAUCCAGUUUUAUUACCGGCAGUUAUGAUCGCACAUGUAAAGUUUGGGACACAGCCUCAGGAGAGGAACUUCAUACCUUGGAAGGCCAUCGAAAUGUGGUCUAUGCCAUCCAAUUUAAUAACCCCUAUGGUGAUAAGAUAGCCACUGGAUCUUUUGAUAAGACCUGCAAGUUAUGGAGUGCUGAGACCGGGAAAUGUUACCACACCUUCAAAGGACACACCGCAGAAAUAGUUUGUCUUGCGUUUAACCCCCAAAGUACUCUGGUAGCAACUGGAAGCAUGGACACUACUGCGAAACUGUGGGACAUAAAGACUGGAGAAGAAGCACUCACCUUAAGCGGACACUCGGCAGAAAUCAUUUCAUUGUCAUUUAACACAACUGGCGACCGGCUGAUCACGGGCUCCUUUGAUCAUACGGUAUCUGUAUGGGACAUUCCUUCCGGCAGGAAGGUUCACACCCUCAUCGGUCAUCGCGGAGAGAUCAGCAGCGCACAGUUCAACUGGGACUGUUCUCUAGUGGCCACGGCCUCAAUGGAUAAGACCUGCAGGCUUUGGGAUGCUCUGAGUGGAAAAUGUGUGGCAACCCUGAGCGGUCAUGAAGAUGAGGUUUUAGACGUUGCAUUCGACUCCACUGGACAGCUGGUUGCCACAGCCUCAGCCGAUGGGACGGGCAGAGUUUACAAUGCCGCCAGCAGAAAGUGUUUGGCCAAAUUGGAGGGGCACGACGGAGAGAUUUCCAAGAUUUGUUUUAAUGCUCAGGGUACCCGGAUUUUAACCGCUAGCUCUGAUAAGACGGCGCGCCUCUGGGAUCCGCACUCCGGACAGUGCGUUCAGGUACUCGAGGGGCACUCGGAUGAGAUUUUCUCCUGUGCUUUCAACUAUGAAGGAAGCACCAUUAUUACAGGGAGCAAGGACAACACAUGCAGAAUAUGGCGUUAGUUCAUCAUUUCCUGCAGACUCUGAUGGAUCAUAUAAUGGAGUAGCCAAAUGUGAUGGACUUGAGGAACGGCACACCAAUUCACCAGCAGUGACAAC